UUCACAUCGUUGACACAGUCUAACAACCGCAAUGGCUUUGGAGAAGAAAAGUGUAUAUUCAGAGAGCGGUGACAGAGAUCAGGAUGAGAAAAUUCUCCAACCAUUCAUUCACCUUCGCCAAGUACGGAGUGAGCACCCACGUGUGAAAUUGGCGGUUGCCAUGAACCACUGGUUGAAAGUAUCGGAUGAAAAGCUCCAGGCUAUCCUUGAUUUAUUGCACAUGAUGCACAAGGCUACUGUGCUACUAGACGAUAUUGAAGACAGCUCGCCCCGACGUGGAGGGAUUGUAGUGGCUCACUCGAUCUUCGGUAUCGCUAGUACAAUUAAUGCGGCUGGUUAUGCUUUAUUUAUAGCACUCGAGAAGGUACUAGCUCUCAAUCAUCCUAAGGCAGCUCAAGUGUUCACAGAUGAAUUACUGCAGUUGCAUAGAGGACAGGGAAUCGAAAUUUACUGGCGUGACAACUACAUAUGUCCAUCUGAGGCUGAGUACAGAAAUAUGGCGGUACAAAAACUUGGAGCUUUGUUCAAUCUGGAUGUGAAGUUGAUGCAAUUAUUUUCACAGUGCAAGAACGAUUUUUCCAAACUCAUUGGAAUUCUUGGAGUCUAUUUUCAGAUUAGGGAUGACUAUGGCAGUCUCUGCAUGCAGGAGCAUCACAACAGUCAAAGGUUCUGCGAAGAUAUAUCAGAAGGAAAAUUCGGUUUUCCGAUAAUCCACGCUAUCCAGAGUAGACCAGAGGACAAAGCAGUGAUGAAUAUACUUUCCCAAAGAACGAACGACGUGGAGGUGAAGAAAUACUGCUUAACACUUCUCGAAAAAUUCGGCUCAUUCGCAUACACGAAGACCGUCCUCGAGGAUUUGGACAGAAAAGCUCGAGACGAGGUAGAGAGAUUGGGAGGAAAUCCACUGUUAAUUCAAGUACUCGAUGAUUAUCUUGAUUGGCGAUAGUUUCCCGAGCACGAUACCAAAUAACGUGGAAUCAGGAAUAGCCAAAUUUAUAAUAUUUUAUUACGGUUAAUAUUGUAGCCCUUCAUUAGAUAACAUUGCUCUUGAAAUUUUCGGAGUACUUAAAAGUAUUUUUUGAGUAUCAAUUCAAAUAUUCAAAUUUUCAAAUA